AUGUCCUUCGAAAAGCUCGCAGACAUUUUCGCGCGGCAGACCGACCCGCCAUCCACACCCGGAGAGUUCCUUUUGGCUCUCGGCACACCAUCCGUCUCUAUCGCCGUCCUGGACAAGGGCAGCAUCGAAGCGAGAUGCUUCUCGACCGUUGGCGACAAUGAAGCGACUCUUUUCCAGGCCGCCAGUAUCUCCAAGCCUAUCGCUGGCACCGCCGUCAUGAGACUCGUCAGUCAGGGCAGGCUGUCCCUGGACGACAAGCUCCUCCACGUCCUCCCCGACGAGCUGUUCAAGAACUUGGGACCGCCCGAGAUCCUGCGACAGAUCACCCUUCGCCACCUCCUCAGUCACACAGCCGGGUUCCGUACCUCGAGCUACACAGGCUACGCCGAGAACAUGCCCUCGGCGCUGGACACACUCCUCGACAGGAACGGUGGCCACAACCUCCCCGAGAAGCUCACCACGUUUCCGGGACAGCAGUUCGCCUACUGCGGAGGCAACUUUGCUAUGCUGCAACUCAUCUUGGAGAAGGUCUUUGAGAGGCCUUUCACAGAGCUCGUUAGGGAGCAAGUGUUUGAUCCCCUCGGAAUGUUGAGCUCGAGCUAUGCGAUGCCGGAACAUGACGAUGAGGGCAACUACGCGAGGUCUUGGUGGACGGGUAAAGAGCCCCACGGCACACCAUGGCACCAUCAUCCCGAAUUCGCAUCCGGCGGGGUAUGGACCACUCCGGCCGACCUGCUCAGACUCAUACACGCCGUGCAGAAAUCCCUUGGUCCAGACACCCCAGAGACAGAGAGAUUCAUUCCUCGGGAGCUAGCCAAGGAGAUGCUGACCGAAGUCAAGGGCGGCAUGGCUCUGUCGUGGAUGGUGUCGCGGAAGAAGGGUCACGCUUUCGGACACUGGGGCGGGAAUAACCCGUCGUUCCGCUGCUACGCUGUUGGGUUCGCAGACACCACCGGCACUGUCGGCGAUAGAGACCUCGAAGACGGGUGCGGAGUCGCCGUCAUGACAAACGGGUGGGAGGGACAGCACGCGUGCGCAAAGGUUGUGCACGCGGUCGCGCACCUCAAAGGUUGGCCGCACAUUGGGACGCUAGAGAAUGUGCAAGAACUCGCCGUCCCCAUCAAGGAUUCCUCCCAACAAGUUGACGAGAGGUGGGAAGAGUGGAUCGGCGAGUGGUCGAACGGCUGGAAGAUUGAAAAGGACAACAACGGCGCACCGAGGGCGAGGUUUGGGGACCUGGAAGCAUUGGCGCUUGUUCCGGCUGCGCUCCCGGCGGAGCGCGGGGAGAACGGUCCCUCGAUUGACUUUCUGGUCGGAGAUCUGUCCGUCAUGCUGCGGCUUCAUGGGCCCAAAGAGGCGCGGACUGUCGAGAUAUGGAACGGGCUGACAUUUCGGGCGGACGUGUUGGAGAGAGUGUAA